AUGUCUAAGUCUUGUGAACUCAAUGUUUUCGAACGAAGACCACUUCUUUUGACUGACUGUGAAGAGCGAACUCUUGUGCGAGUGACCAAAGAUAAUAGGAAAGAGUCGCUUGAAGAAAUUAUUAAGCUGUUCAACAGCUUAUGCCUUAUCCAGAUUAGUAAAUUUUAUUAG